GAAAUUUUUAAAAAUUACUAAAGAAUAUAGUACGAAGGAUCACAUAUGACCAUAAUGGGAAUGGCGGGUUUCACGGUAGCACUGAUGAUAGUAUGUGUGAUAAUCUCUCCUGGUGUCUAUGGACAAGAGUUGGCUAAUGACCAGGAAAUCGAAGUAGAAAGACUUUUGAAGCGGCUCAACAAGCCUGCUCUUAUAUCCAUUAAGAGCGAAGAUGGAGAUAUAAUAGAUUGUGUUCCAAUACAUAGUCAACUAGCUUUUGAUCAUCCUCUGCUUAAAAACCACACCAUCCAGAUGAGACCGAGCUUUACACCGGAAAGUACGUCUACGGCUACGUACACCAUGAAUAAGAGAAAGGCUACUCAGGCGUGGAACAAGAAUGGAAGAUGCCCAGAAAAUACAGUUGCGAUAAGAAGAAUAAUGAAAGAAGAUAUCUUACGAUCAAAAUCCAUUGAGAAUUUUGGGAAAAAGACGACUCAAGGCAUCCUUUUAUAUGGUGCAAAUGCAAUUCAUGAGUACGCGGUCAUGAGGGCUGCGCCAGGAACGUUUUUCGGUACAAGAUUUGUAUUGAAUGUCUGGGAACCAUACGUUCAAUAUGACACAGAGUUUAGCUUGGCUCAGACUUGGCUCGUGUCUGGAUCUGGCUCUAAUCUUAACUCAAUUGAAGCUGGUUUCCAGGUUUAUAAACAAAAGUACGGUGAUAAACAACUAAGAUUAUUUGUUUUCUGGACGCCCAAUGGAUACCCAACGAGUAGAGGAUGCUACAACACCGACUGCCCAGGUUUCGUUCAAGUGAGCAAAAAUUUAAUUGUAGGUGGAGCCUUCAAACCCGUCUCACAAUACAACGGUACUCAAAUUGAGGUCAUCGUAACUAUAUGGAAGGACCGAGGAAACUGGUGGCUACAGAUCGACAAUGAAGCUGUUGGUUAACGACAACAUCGGUGGGAGACACACGAACACCAAAAUGGGAAGUGGGGAGUUUGCAGAGCAAGGUUAUAAGAAAGCAAGCUUUUUCAGGAAUAUUACGACAACUGAUCAAUACAAUAGGCCGGUAGAACCACAAGUUUCCACCAUUGCUACCAAGGUUAACUGUUACAACAUUAAGCAAGGAGCUAGUGGAACUUCCUGGGGGGUUAACUUCUACUAUGGUGGUCCUGGUGGCCAGAAUGCCAAUUGCCGUUGAUUUGGAUCUGCAGUGUGCUCAGAGAUGAUUCGAGUACUGGUAACUACAUGUGUGUAUUUGAAUAAGAGCGUGCGAUUAUGAAACCACGUCGUCCAAGUUAAUAUUAUGUGUGUCCUUGAAUAAUGUGUGUAAAAGCUUUUCGA